AUGGAUGUUGCUUCACCAGUGGACAAGGCAGCUGAUAUAGCUAACAAGAUCAUUAGACCUCGGUUGCAAACUGACAUACCAAAAUGGGUUGCUAAUAAUGCAAGGAAAUUGGUGCUAGCAGAAAGGAAUGGAACAUUUGAGAGUUCUUACACAAAAGCACCACAAUUGGUCACAGAUGCUACUUCAUUGAACCCAAAUAGCAUUGGUCAUUUUAGUUGGUCCAAAGAGGGUCAAGAUAACAGGUUUGAGAGUGUCAUUGUGGCCUAUGAUGCACAGAUCAAAGGCUUUCUUCAUGGUUGUAGAUUGGUUAUUGGCUUAGAUGGAGCUCACCUGAAUGGUAAGCUAGGUGGUGUGAUGCUUUCAGCAGUUGGUAUAGAUGGCCAGAAUGGGGUAUUUCCUAUAUGUGUGAUGAUUUGUAUGAGUGAAACUGAAGAAAAUUGGUUUAUGAUGUUAAAAGAAUUGAGAAAAAGGAUACCUGAUAUGCAUGGACUAACCUUUAUUUCUGAUAGAAUGAAGGGCAUUCUUGAAUCAACAUUUAUACAAGAAUUUCUUAACCAAGGGAUUCAGAAAUCCAAGACUCACACACCUUCUUUGGCAGGCUGCAAAGGCAUACAAGUAUCAUCACUGGGAGAAAGUUUUAAUAACAUGGCCCUGAAAUUUAGAGACAAGCCUCUCACUCAAUUGAUCGAUAUGUACACACAUUUGGUGAUGGUGCUGUUUUCAAAUAGAAGAAAGCUUGCUGCAACUUGGCAAGCUGGUGACCUUGUUCCUGCUGGGAAAGAUAUCAUUAAGGUGAUGUGUGAUCUUAGAGGUAACUACGAAUGUGAUCCUUCUAUAGAGCGCAAAGUGUAUGAGGUUACUAACAAAGCUACUAGCAAAGUGUUUGUUGUUCGGGUGGAAGAAAAAUCUUGUACAUGUCGACAAUGGUACUGCAGUAAAUACUACACAGUAGACUACUAUAGGACCACCUACUCAUGGUCAAUAACACCAUUGGGAGACAUUGAUGAGUAUCCCAAUAAGACUGGUAUCAAGAUUAUACAUCCACACAGAUUGAGAGAUAAGGGAAGACCUUGUGUCAAAAGAAAGAAGUCCUGGUCCUCCAGUUGGAUCCAACCCCAAGAAGAAAGGAGUGAGAAUGGAGUGUUCUGUUAA